CCCUGCGAUGUGGUACCACGAGCAGAAACGCCAACCAGUGGUCUCCGGGGAACCACGUGAGAAGAUGAAGGCCGGUCGUCGCCGACUGGACCUGCAUUCUUUAUUUUGUUUAAUCUCUCACAGCGAUGAAACGCGUGGUGUUGCUGGGAGCGCUGGUCAAUGCUGGCACUGUUUGGUCUCACAUAGCAGCAUCGCUGUAUUUAAUUCAAGCCUUUUACUCUGGCGCAGCGUGUGAUGGCACCCCGUACCUCGUUAAUGCCAACGAGUCUCCCGAUUGCGCGAACGAGGCGUGUACAGCUGACGGUGUCGCUGUCGGCACAAUAUCGACGGAAUGUACUUCAGACUACCUCUCGGCUCUGCGAAACAAAUUCGGCAGCUUCCCGUACAUCCUCGAGGUGUAUUCCCCAGCCAGCGACUGCUCCACAUUCGGCGCUGCAUCUGCCUUCCUCGCGUCAGGAAACUGUGAAGGGUCCUUUAACGUGAACGAAAGCAUGGGCGUUCAUUUCGUCACUAGGUUCGAAUCCAAUGGAUCAGCAUCGGUGCAGUAUUUUUCAGGAUCUCCAUGUUUAAGCGAGCAGUGGAUAACAAUGGAACAAGUCGACAAGAAAACGCUUGGCGAUCAUUCCUGUGAUGCUAGCGGAUAUACGUGGUAUAGUAGCAACGAUGUGAUCUUGGACGAUGGUGUUUGUGUUACAAGUAUUGUCGGUAUCUCCGUUGCGUGCUUGGUUGGUCUUGUUCUGGUUGGCUUUCUGUUCUUUCGAAAAAGCCAAAGCCGGAAGCUGCUGACACAACGUAGUCUGCCUUUAACGACUGUCAUUCUACAGUCGGACGAAACCAUUCUACCGGAGAUCGUGUCAGCAGAUCGAAGUGCAUUAUGGAACGACGACGCCAUCGUCGCGAAUCGAAUCCAGCGCAAUAGAGUCAAGAUCAAGAAACUUAUCAGUCGUGGAGCUUAUGGUGAGGUGUAUUUGGGGAAGUUCAACCGAAAACUAGUCGCUGUGAAGAUGCUAGUCGCCGCAACACGAGGAAGUAUCCAACAAGUGAACGAUCUCCUCUCUGAAGCGAAGAUGAUUGCCAGCAUGGACCAUCCGCACAUUUUGUCUUUCAUUGGAGUGGCUUGGGACUCGCUGUCCGAUCUCUGUGUUGUACUUGAGUACAUGGAUGGCGGAGACUUGAGAUUGCUUUUGGAUGAGUUCCUCAAGGCAGGGCAACCGGUGGGUAUUAACAAGAUGAAAGCUACAAUCGCUCUUCAUGUGUGUCACGCACUUACGUACCUUCAUUCACUCAACCCGCCGAUCGUCCACCGAGAUCUCAAGUCGCGAAACAUUUUACUGAAUCGAUCAAUGGCAGCAAAGUUAACGGACUUCGGUAUCUCAAGAGAGCGACCUGAUAACACUAUGACUGCAGGCGUAGGGACGUCGCUUUGGAUGGCCCCUGAGGUGAUGCUAGGCAAGAAAUACGAUCUGAAGGCAGAUAUGUUCUCGUUUGGCGUGGUGCUAUCGGAGCUUGACCUUCACACGAUGCCGUACGCUCAUGCAAUGCCGGGAAUUGAUGCUGAUGGUAAUCACAUGACUGGCGCAGCAUUGCUACAGAAGAUCACGACAGGGGAAGAGCAUAUAAAAUUCUCGGUGAAGACUCCGGAAGCUAUAGCCGAGCUGGGUCGUGCUUGUAUAUCAAUUCAUCCCGAUGAUCGACCAAGUGCUGCCGAAGCCUUGUACAAAUUACACGUCUUUCUGGCGCAAAAGUAGUUGCGCAUUAAUGAAACGUGAAGUUUUUUUUUAAAUAUCAUUAUCUAAUUGAUGGAAUUAAAAAAAAAAAAACUGUAAAGAUUGC